CUAAAGAAACUGCACCCAAUGGACUGUCAUUUCUUCUGGGCCCUCAGUCCUGGAGCAGCGCUGACAAAGGAGAUUCCUGAGAGAGCGCCUUCUUAUCACAGAAAGUGCUGAGCCAAGAGCUCCAGGCUGCCCCUUUUGCAGAUGUGAAAGGCCAGUGAACCUUAGACCCAGACAGUUGCUUAACACUCCUCUCCCCCUCCCUCAUUCCCUCCUCCCGUCUUGACCUCUCCAUUUGAUUUAAAUCCAUAAGCAUUUGCCUGGCCUUUCCUCUGACUGCCGGCUGAAAAGGAGGAGUGGUCAGGCCAUAGUGCCUGGAGGCUCUGGCUCCCCAGGACUGCCACAGCGGGAAUCUGCUGGAACCCAGGUUCAGGGAAGGGCGAUGCCAAGAAGCUGGUGACGGCUUUCUUCUCCUUCCACCAUGGCUGACGGCAUUAAAUAUGAAGUGGCCUCCCAGCAAGAGGGGGAUGCCUCCCCUUUGGGCGAUGAAGCCAGCUCAGGGUCUGAGCAGGUAAAGCUGAAGAAGGAGAUCUCGCUGCUUAAUGGCGUGUGCCUGAUUGUGGGGAACAUGAUCGGCUCGGGCAUCUUUGUCUCCCCCAAGGGCGUGCUCAUGUACAGUGCCUCUUUUGGCCUCUCCCUGGUCAUCUGGGCUGUUGGGGGCCUCUUCUCCGUCUUUGGGGCCCUUUGUUAUGCGGAAUUGGGCACCACCAUUAAGAAAUCUGGAGCCAGCUAUGCCUACAUCCUUGAGGCCUUCGGGGGAUUCCUUGCCUUCAUCCGACUGUGGACCUCGCUCCUCAUCAUCGAGCCCACCAGCCAGGCCAUUAUUGCCAUCACCUUUGCCAACUACAUGGUGCAGCCCAUCUUCCCGAGCUGCUUUGCCCCCUAUGCGGCUGGGCGCCUGCUGGCUGCUGCCUGUAUCUGUCUCUUAACCUUCAUUAACUGUGCCUAUGUCAAGUGGGGAACACUGGUACAAGAUAUCUUCACCUAUGCUAAAGUCUUGGCAUUGAUCGCCGUCAUCAUUGCAGGCAUCGUUAGACUCGGCCAGGGAGCCUCCACUCACUUGGAGAAUUCUUUUGAGGGUUCAUCAUUUGCAGUGGGGGACAUUGCCCUGGCAUUGUAUUCGGCUCUGUUCUCCUACUCAGGCUGGGACACCCUCAACUAUGUUACUGAAGAGAUCAAGAAUCCCGAGAGGAACCUACCUCUCUCCAUUGGCAUUUCCAUGCCCAUUGUCACCAUCAUCUACAUCUUGACCAACGUGGCUUAUUACACUGUGCUAGACAUGAGGGACAUCCUGGCCAGUGAUGCUGUUGCUGUGACUUUUGCAGACCAGAUUUUUGGAAUUUUCAAUUGGACAAUUCCAUUGGCGGUUGCAUUAUCCUGCUUUGGUGGCCUCAAUGCCUCCAUUGUGGCUGCUUCUAGGCUUUUCUUUGUGGGCUCAAGAGAAGGCCAUCUCCCGGAUGCCAUCUGCAUGAUUCAUGUUGAGCGGUUCACACCGGUACCUGCUCUGCUCUUCAAUGGUAUCAUGGCACUGAUCUACUUGUGUGUGGAGGACAUCUUUCAGCUCAUUAACUACUACAGCUUCAGCUACUGGUUCUUCGUGGGGCUCUCUAUUGUCGGUCAGCUUUAUCUGCGCUGGAAGGAGCCUAAUCGGCCUCGUCCCCUCAAGCUCAGUCUUUUCUUUCCCAUUGUCUUCUGCCUCUGCACCAUCUUCCUGGUGGCUGUACCGCUUUACAGUGAUACCAUCAACUCCCUCAUCGGCAUUGGCAUUGCUCUCUCGGGCUUGCCCUUUUACUUCCUCAUCAUCAGAGUGCCAGAACACAAGCGACCUCACUGCCUCCGAAGGAUUGUGGCAUCCACUACAUGGUACCUCCAGGUCCUAUGUAUGUCAGUUGCUGCAGAGAUGGAUUUGGAAGAUGGAAGAGAGAUACCCAAGCAACGAGAUCCCAAGUCUAACUAAACACCAUCUAGAAUUCUAAGAUGCGGAAAGCGGGGGCCUCUUGUCUCUUGCUGGCUGGAGCCAAGGAAGAGAAAAGGAAAGUACACUUCUUUGUUGAAGCUGCUCAGACCAAGCUUCUGGACAGGUGCCUCCAAUUUUUGAACUUGCUUUUUGAGAGAUGAAAAGUAAUUUAUUUGUUUUGCUACACACUGUUCCAGAUUUUUUUAAAAAAAGAGAAUAUAGCAGACUGUGGUGGGGAGCAUGUCAGGUGUGGGCUUGGUUGUACUAGUAGCAUAUUCCCGUGUGUCAAGAUGUUCACUCACUUCUGGCUGUGCCUACCCACUCCUUUCCUUUAAAAGGGCCAAUAAUGCUCCAAACUUCCUGUCUCCUUUAGAGAGAGAGACAUGAAACUGUCACAGGUGCUAGACAAUAAACGUUAUGUUCUAAA